AUGGCCGAUAAGAUGGAGACGGAAAUCGAUGUCAAGAAGGUGACGAGGGCUGCCGUGGAUGACGUCGAAUUCGAGGAGUUCCCCGUGCUCGACUGGCCAGGGAAGGGCGGGCCACAAAUUGUGGUCGUCGGUGCACAGAGCUCCGGAAAAAGCUCUGUGAUAGCAGCAAUCGUUGGCCGAGAUUUUCUUCCGCGCGGGACAGGGAUAGUUACAAGACGGCCGCUUCAUCUCCAGCUUUGCCAUGUCCCUCUCGACGAUGCGGCGAGUCGGCAGGGACAGCUGGGUGAUUGGGCCCGUUUCGACCACACCGGAGAUCGCACCUUCGAAGACUUCGAAUUAGUGCGAAAAGAGAUAGAGGAGGAAACCGACCGUCUUACGGGUAGCAAUACGGAAAUAUUAGCUACACCGAUAUCCCUGAGGAUUUACUCACAUCGUGUGGUUAACAUGAGGCUCGUGGAUCUGCCGGGUAUGACAAAAGUUCCCGUCGGGGGACAACCUACGAAUAUUGAGGAGCGAAUCCGUGCGCUGAUACUCCCCUACAUUACGAAUUCGAACUCGAUCAUCCUCGCUGUGAUACCUGCAAAUCAAGAUUUCGUCUCUUCGGAGGCGUUGAAGAUGGCGCGUGAAGUAGAUAGUGAAGGGGAGAGAACAUUGGUAGUACUCACGAAGCUCGAUUUGAUGGAUCACGGGACGAAUGCGCUCGAUGUGUUGACUCGCCAGUUGGUUCACGUGAAGCUCGGCAUCAUUGGAGUCGUCAAUCGAUCCCAGGCUGACAUCGAAGCUCAAAAGCCACUCGAAGAUGUGUUACGCGACGAAGAGUCAUUGCUCGCUCGCGAGUACCCAACGCUUGCUUCAAGACAAGGAACCCGCUAUUUGUCUCAGACAAUCGUUGGGCUUGUUGGAUCGACUUCCCGUCAAACACUCAUCCCUCCAAACAUUGCUGAAGAAGAAAAAGCCUACUGUUUGCAGCUGUACAAGCGUCUCGUAUCCACAACGGUCUUCCACGAGCAUUUUUUUUCUUUGCCGACGAUUGUCCUCAGCAAUCCGCCGUUCCACCUGACACCCAUGGAUUUGGGCAUGAUCGGCAACCAGCUGAAAUUCGGCCACUACGGCAAAGACCGACUUAUGGCGGAUCUUCGAGCGAUGACCACCACCUGCGUCACCUACAACCCGGGCGCACUGAUGACUGAAGCCGCAAAGCAACUCGACAGCUUCGUUCAAGAACAUUGGGAGCACAUAGCUUCUAAGAAGGCACCCCGAAUUUUUGCACAAAUGGAUUGGAGGCAGAUUCGAGAUGUUGGAAAAAAAGUCCGCUUCACCCAGAGCUGCGCCAAGAAACAUGGCCCCGGGCAGCUGCACCUCGUUGCCCAUUUCCCGGAAGAACACACGUCUUUGGAGAUGGCCCUUACGGACAAUGGCGUUAUUUUUAAUUACUGCACUUGUGAGGUUGAAGCGAAUUGGGAAGCCAAAGUUGCCCCUAUGAAGCCGAUCCACGAGCAGAUCACCACCGGCAAAUACCCACUCGGCGAAGAAGUCGAAUAUUACAUCCCGGGAAAAGACGAGCGCAAGGCCAGCGAUCGCAUCUCCAAUGAGGAAAAGAAGGCUAUGGAUGCCAGCUUAGAGGAGAUGUGGCAGAUCGACUACGGUAUCCAUGUACGCGGCCGUCUCAUCGAUUCGGCCUUUACCCUCCAUUUUGACCCGAAGUUUGAUCCAUUGGCCAACGCCGUCAAAGAGGCCACGAAUGCCGGUAUUCGUGAGGCUGGAAUUGAUGUGCGUCUCUGUGACAUUGGAGAAGUGAUCGAAGAGGUCAUGACCUCGCAUGAAGUCGAGCUCGACGGUCGCACGUACACUGUCAAGCCGAUCCGCAAUUUGAACGGACACUCGAUCGGACAGUACAGGAUUCACGCCGGAAAGUCGGUGCCUAUUGUCAAGGGUGGUGAGGAGCAAACGAAGAUGGAGGAGAAUGAGGUGUAUGCCAUUGAAACGUUCGGAUCAACCGGCAAGGGCUAUGUUAACAGGGCUGGAGCAGGAAAGAUGGAGUGCUCGCACUACAUGAAGAACUUUGACAGCGCUAAGCAGAAAAUGCCCUUGCGAGCCAUUGAGCUGCUCGACACGAUCGACAACCAUUUUGGGCACCUCCAGUUCUGCCGACGGUGGCUCGACCGUGUCGGGGAGGUGCAGUACGGGACUGCUUUGAAGGCGUUGUGCGAUAAGGGAAUCGUCGACGCCUACCCGCCCCUCUGCGACGUCAAGGGCUCGUACACCGCCCAGUGGGAGCAUACAAUUCUGAUGCGUCCCACUUGCAAGGAGGUCGUCUCUCGCGGCGAAGACUAU